AUGUCCAAUGUGCAUACAUUGAAAGAUAUAAAAAAUAGAGGACAUCGGCUGGGUAGUGCAUAUGAGCAAGAACUCGAAAAAAAAUUAAGAACCGCUAUCGAUUUUAACUCUGAAAUUACCGAUUUCAAUGAAAAGUUGCAGGCUGAAAUUUCAGAGUAUUCAGAGCGAGAGGAGGAAUUUCAACGAUCCUAUGCUGAUAUUGUAAAUAAAACUAGCCAGUUAAAUGCGUCCAGUACUAAGGUUAGAUCCCAACUUAUUUCUGAACGGAAAUCUCAUUCCGAAAGUCAACAGAGGGGGGCAACUUUAGCCCAGAAAGCUUCGUCCGCUGACAAGGUCCAGAUUCUUUUUCUUGAAACUAAAAUACGUGAAUUGGAAGGUAAGUUGGAGGACAUAGAUCUAGAGCGCACAUAUCAUGAUUUGGAUGCAAUGGGAGGGAAGCUGGCCCAAAUAAGCUCAUCCAAUCCUAAAGAGAUUGAUUCUCUCAGGCUUGAAUUGGAACAGGUGAAGGAGGACCGUAAUUCAAAAGAAUAUACAAUAGAAUGUAUGGAAAAGGGGAUAGAGUCAUCAAAUAGCAUAUUUAGACAGGAAAUAGAUGCUUUGUAUUCAGCGCGAUCAAAAUUAAGGGAGGAAAAUAGGGCCUUCAAGGACCAGUUAGCGUUAAAGAAAAAUACUUCAUCCCAAAUAAUUUCGAGUGAGGGGGAUUCCUUUGGAAUCGGGUGGCGCAGAAGCAGUACUAUUGUCCCAAGAAAUACCUCUAGCACUGGCUAUUCCUGUCGUUGCGAGUUCUCUAAUGUAUCCGAUGAUAACAUAUUCUAUGCUUGUCUUACUACUGAUUGUGGUUAUAUGGCUCGUGGUCAGGAAAUGGUGGAAUCCAUGGGGUAUGAAUGA